UACGGCGUCAGAUUUGCGUUUAAGUCUAAACCGUGGGAAGAAAGCAGUUUGGUUAUAUAUAGCGGGCUUUUGGAGCAUUAUAGUUGUUUCUGCCUUCUUUAACUCUUCUCUUCCGCACACCACAUUGGUCUUCUGACUCUUGAGAAAUAAGAAAAGAGAAAAAUGGGGAGCUCAGGUUUUAAUUGGAAAUUGGCGGAUCACCCAAAGCUGCCAAAGGGGAAGACCGUUGGGCUCAUAGUUUUGGAUGGCUGGGGCGAAGCCAAUCCCGAUCAGUACAACUGCAUCCAUGUCGCUGAGACCCCCGUCAUGGAUUCAUUUAAGAAGGGUGCUCCUGAAAGAUGGAGGCUAGUGAGAGCUCAUGGAACUGCUGUGGGCCUUCCCACAGAGGAUGACAUGGGCAACAGUGAAGUCGGCCACAACGCUCUCGGUGCCGGGCGUAUUUUUGCCCAGGGUGCAAAGCUUGUCGACAGUGCCCUUGAGACUGGGAAAAUUUAUGAAGGAGAAGGUUUCAAGUACAUUAAGGAAUCUUUUCCUACUAACACAUUUCAUCUCAUUGGUUUAUUGAGUGAUGGUGGAGUCCAUUCUCGGCUAGAUCAACUGCUAUUGUUGAUUAAAGGAGCUAGUGAGCGCGGUGCUAAAAGGAUCCGUGUUCAUGUUCUCACUGACGGCCGUGAUGUUUUGGAUGGCUCAAGUGUGGGAUUUGCGGAAACACUUGAAAAUUACCUUGCACAAUUGCGUGAGACAGGUGUGGAUGCACAAAUUGCAUCUGGUGGUGGUCGCAUGUACGUCACCAUGGAUCGUUAUGAGAAUGACUGGGGAGUUGUAAAACGAGGAUGGGAUGCCCAGGUUCUAGGUGAAGCUCCCCACAAAUUUAGGAAUGCUGUUGAAGCUAUCAAGACGUUGAGACAGGAACCAAACACCAGUGACCAGUAUCUACCUCCUUUCGUUAUUGUUGAUGAGAAUGGAAAGCCUGUGGGCCCAAUAGUGGAUGGUGAUGCUGUUGUUACAUUCAACUUCCGCGCAGACCGUAUGGUUAUGAUUGCCAAGGCGCUCGAGUAUGCUGAUUUUGACAAAUUUGAUAGAGUUCGAUUCCCUAAAAUCCGUUAUGCUGGGAUGCUGCAGUAUGAUGGUGAGCUGAAGCUUCCAAACAAAUACCUUGUAGAACCUCCAGAGAUAGACAGAACAUCUGGUGAAUAUCUAACGUACAAUGGUGUCCGUACUUUUGCCUGCAGCGAGACUGUUAAAUUUGGCCAUGUCACUUUCUUCUGGAAUGGGAAUCGUUCUGGGUAUUUUAACCCUCAAAUGGAGGAGUAUGUGGAAAUUCCAAGUGAUAGUGGAAUCACAUUCAACGUCCAGCCAAAAAUGAAGGCAGUGGAGAUUGCCGAAAAGGCGAGGGAUGCUAUUCUUAGUAAGAAAUUUGAGCAGGUACGUGUUAACCUACCAAAUAGUGACAUGGUGGGGCAUACCGGUGACAUUGAGGCCACAGUUGUUGCUUGCAAGGCUGCUGAUGAAGCUGUCAAGAUAAUUAUUGAUGCAAUAGAGCAAGUGGGUGGAAUUUAUGUCGUUACUGCAGAUCACGGUAACGCUGAGGAUAUGGUGAAGAGAAACAAGAAAGGGCAACCUCUUCUUGACAAGAAUGGCAACAUUCAAAUUCUUACCUCCCACACUCUUCAGCCAGUUCCAAUUGCAAUUGGUGGUCCUGGACUGGCACCUGGCGUUCAGUUCCGCAAGGAUGUUCCCAAUGGCGGGCUGGCCAAUGUCGCUGCAACCGUGAUGAAUCUGCAUGGAUUUGAGGCUCCUGCCGACUAUGAGACGACACUCAUUGAAGUUGUUGAUAACUAGGCAGCAUGAUAGAGGAGAUGGUUGAAUCUAGUAUUUCCUAAAUUUUGACUUAGGUUACAAUGUCAUCCAAUGAGGCUGUCGAUUUCAGUUGCUUUUACAGCUUAGAUAUUUUGUUAAAUAAGUUAUAAAACAAUGCAUGCUCACAGCAGUAGCUGUGUGCUAUGGUAAUUGGAUCACUGUCUCCGGAGAAGGACAGGACAAGAAAGAUGAAAAUGGAUUUUUGCUAUUUCAUGCUUUUAUCAAUUAUCGUGGCGGUGUUUAUAA